AUGGAUCCUCUUCCCGCAUACCAUGAGCUCAACAAGGAUGUUGCAAUGCUCGUUGCUCCGUACCUAGACACUUCCGAUCUUUACUCCGGCUGUCUUGUCUAUUCUUAUUUCAAUGAAACUUUCGGUGACUAUCUUUGGGCCAACCCGUUCAGAGACCUAGCCAACAGAGCUAAGCCUUGUGGACUUGUUUCAAAAUUCUUCUUUGCCUCAAACCGCCUUGAUUCCAAGAUUCUCAAGAGAGUUCGAAUCCUCGACAUGCGUGCACUACACGAGAUUAGACGUGACCGAGCUCACACCAACGAUUGCAUCAUAUUUGGAACUUACCUGAAGCCGGAGUGGUUUUUCAAGUUCUUCAAGAACUUUCCUAACCUCAAUUGCAUCCUUCUAGCACCUACAUGCUCUGAGGACUACGGCAUAUUUCCCGGUGCUGACCUUCCGGAUAAAUAUAAUGCAAUACCUCAGUCAGAGUUUCUUAGCGCGUCUGGUUGUACUACGUUUGAUUAUUCCCUUGUUCUUCGCCAAAACAUAACCAAGUACUUGAUUUACCUCGAUGCGUCUGACACGGUCCGCGGUCCAAACUGGGGAGCCUCGUUUACCAUUGAGAACCUUCCAAAUCUUAGGAUCUUGAAGCUACGAAGAUUGAGAUUGACGGAUACCAUGCUACCACCUAUAGUCACCAACUCUAGACGCCAGAUUUGGUCGUUAGAUCUUCGUGAUAAUCUCUUGACCGACAAUACCAUCAAUCCUCUAUUGCGAAGCUGCUUCUUAGAGCGAUUCCCAGAUAUUGAACAUGGUCCCCUUCGCGCAACUGAUGAGAGACUAUUCGAGCAUCCUCCAAUCUAUCGUGAGGCUAACGAAGGCGCUGAUCCACCACCAACCACCAUGACUACACUCCGCCCCGAUUUCAUCAAUCGAGUUGAGUGUUCCACUCCAGGAGGACACGCGCUGAAUAUCCUGGAGCGAAAAAACAACAUUGAAGAUAACCUCUUAAUGGUUACAGGCUUAACCCACCUCUACAUAUCCAACAACAAGUUCACGGCCCUCGGACCGCAAAACCUCCUCGGCCAAACCAACUCCCUCCAAGUCCUCGACGCCGGAUCCAACCGAACCAGUCUAGCCGUAGUAGCCGGCGCCUGUGUCGAUGUCUACGCACAGGAACACACCAUCCGUUUCCUCUCUCGCAAAUGGCAACCCCGUCUCGAGAUUCUGCGUAUUCAUCACUCUAUCGUCACACGGCAUCCAUCAGUCAUAAGCCAAAGCCACAAAUACGACCGCAAAGAAGCCAUCUCGAAUUUGAAGAUUGAGAAAACAUGUCAAACGGAGCUCGAGAACCAAGGCCCCUCUUUCGAUCCCCUCGAUAACACACGACUUCGCACCUUAACCCUAACAUCCAUCCCGCGCAAAUCCACGCAGGAACUAUUCCUUGCGCUCAAGUAUUUCAUCGUGCGACUUGCGGCGCAGGAAGUAACGAUCCACGAUGCGCGUGAGAAUGUCAAGAGUAGACGUGCGCCCAUCUUGUACCCGGGGAUUCGAAAACUGACGCUGGAGUUUUUGCCCGAGGAACAUGUGGUGAGGCCUUCGGAUUCGGUUACGGGUCAUGGGGAUGCGGAUGGCUAUUAUGAGGAAUUGGCGAGGGAUUUCUCGUUUUUGAAUUAUAAUAGUAUUCGGGCGCCGACGAGGAGUCAGCAAGAGGAGAUUGGAACGGUUCCUACGGUGGAUAUUGUGGAGGAGUUGAGGGAAUGGAGAAAGAUUGAGGUUAGGCAUUGGAGUGGGGAGUUGAAGAUUAAGCUGUUUUCAAAUUAG